AGGACACCAAUGCGGUUGGCUCCUUUGCUGGAGAGGGCGGCAGGGGCAAGCAGGUCCCUGCAAAAGCACCACACCAAUGCAGUGGAUGAGGCCCCCUCCGGCCCCAUAGCCCCCGCCCCGUUCUCCUACAGUGGACUCCAGUGCCUCGCACCCCACUGCAAAGCGAAGGAUGUUCGCCCAAUAGGUGUUCCAGGAUACAUCAACGUGGGCAGCCUCACUUUGGCGUUUAUCCUUGAUCGCUCGCUUCACUCGACUCGCUGCCUGCGGUAGCGUCUUCAGCUCCACGGCGGGGUCUCAUGCGUUCCGCCCACCCCAGGUAAGCCUCCAUUGGCUGCGGCAGGGCACUUUCUACAGCACCACACCCAUUUUCAUGGGCCAAACAAGUGGCGUCGUCCCUCAGUUUCUCAUUCUGGCCCGAAGAUGGACGCUAAGAAGGCUGGCUGCUGAAGGCUGGCUGCAUAGGAUCCGGGAGUCGCUAUUGAAACAAAAUGGCGUCGGUCGCCUGUUGGCUGCGUGAGCAAAAAAACAAAGGAUCAUUCGCAUCCCGUCAUCCCGCACAGCGUCAUCCUCAUUACCGCUUUCUUUUUGUAGCGCCAACUCUCCUAUCGUACCAUUGUUUCCUAUCUUUUAGACUCGCUCCAUAACGCCGAUCGAACGGAAGUAACCUUACUUAUCCGUUUAUGGUAACUUUGCAGCGUGACCAGCCUGCCUCGACGCUGUUCACUCCCAGUGGGCGUCACGCGGGGCUUCAUCGACUUGCAACAACAUCUUCCCUUAUUCGGAACGUCCCAGAGAACAAUCUUGCAGUCAGCAUGGACGAGGUUUCGGAUUUGGUCGUGACACCGUUCCGCGACAUUGUUGAAAAGGCCAACGCCGCCGUUGGCAAUGCUGGCGACAAUGCUGCCAUGCUCAAGGCCGCGCAGGCCCUCCUCAAAGAGGGUGAGCGCGCGCUCAAGCGUAUCGAGCCUCAGUGCAAGAAGAUGCUUGACGAAUACGGCGCCAACUUUCACAACGCUCUUAAGGAUAAUAAUGAAAUCGCCAACUUUCGCACGGAACUCACCGAUCUCCUCUGGGAAUUUGACGAUUAUAUCGAGGAGUCCUCAUUUGAUGCCGAAAAGUUUACCGAAGUGCAAAUGGUGUCAAGACGAGCCGCUCCUAAAAUCUUUGACAUAUUGAUGAGAAUGAAGCUUGAGGUCCCCGAGAGCAAGCAGCGACAAUUUCCCAGCGUGAUCGGACAACUGUCUCCGCCCUCCUCCCCGUUACCUGGAUCUGUAUACCCGUUCCCAGGAGGCACCUCGCCAAAUGUUCUUAGUACCGGCACUCGCAGCUCGACAUCUAGCGCGCAGCUAAACACAGCCCGUCAGGAACAGCUCCAUCAAAUCGAGGUUGCCAAUGUACAGCUUACGAGCAUCCGAGAUAGACAAAACAGCCAGGAAGACGCCCUGGAUCCCAACCAAAUGCCGGCCUUGGCGAUGAAACCGCCACCAAUGAUGCCCCCUCCCCCUCCACCGACGAGCAACCCUUGGGACCGCAGAGUGGCCUCUAUACCCGAGGAAGAUAUUGAUAUUGGAUCCUUGAACCUGGAUAGAAGAGCUCCCGUUGCGCCGCAGCGGCGCUCAUCCCCAGCCCAACAGUUAGGAAGCCCUGGAACCCGACAGCCUACCUCCCCGUUGCAGACAUCCCCCGCAUCAGGAUUAAACCGAGGAAUGCGAGGCUCCCCCCACAGCCCGGACGAUAGUAGAUGGCCAUUUCCAAGACCCCAAUCCUCUGGAAUACCGGACGAACGAACUCCACGGUCCCCAUCUUCGUCUCUUCAGGGCCGGCCGUCUGGGAACUGGAUCGACGGCCAGGGCUUCCAGCCCCCGAGACCUCGCCUUGAUAGCAAUCCUUACCCCCCCGAAAUCAACUACAACAACGCAGAGUAUACGCAUACGUCACCUCAAGUCAAUGAGGUGCUUGCGUAUGAGGAAGGCGAUGAUGAGGAGCAGGCUUAUGACCAGCGAAGACUCUCUGCGGAGAGCUUGCUGGUUGAUCCUACGCUGCGUAUGCAGAAGCCCUCUAGCAACCCUCCCAUCAUGCCCUCCCAGCCGAUCGAUACUGGGUUGAUUUUAGUGGAACGAGAUCCAGUUCCAGUUAGAACAAACAGAAUUUCCAAAAGCUGUCUAAUUGGAACUGGAAGCUCUUUUUACUUGUCAAAGGGAUUCUGCGAAGGGGCCAAGGAAGUUGUCAGGGGAGGCAUCGGGGUCAAGAAGACGAAGAAACCAGUAGGAUUCUCCGCCACUGCCACCGUCGCAAGAUGCUCGAGCUGCUUGUUUGAGCUCAACUUUGGAGAUCUCGAAAAUGAUAUCAACAGACUAGACAAGGGUAACCUCAGCCAGCAAGGCCUCCGAUACAGACUACGAUUCUUACAAAAGUGCCAUGUCGCAACGAGACGAUCCGACGAUAGCUUAUUCGCCUGCCCUUUCUGCGUUGAACAGGGCCACACCUUGGACGAAGGUGACGCGACCGUCUUCUUCAGCGUCCCAGCACUAUUCAGACAUAUUUCACGGCAUGCUCGCCCACUACCCAAAGUCACCGGCUUCUCAGUGGUAGAGUUACAGGAUAUCCCGGGUCAUUUAACCAACGAUUACGAUCUGCAUCUACCGUUGCCUGCCGUGUCGCAUCCUGCCCUCGACAAUGCCGACUACUCUCUGUCUUUGCCAUCAGGCAUAGCCAAAGAUCACGUUCGCAGAACUGUCGGUCUGAGGCUCUUGCCUGAUCGAACCCCAGCGCUUGAAAUGGUUCAGGGAGGAAGGGUGGCCCGCCUAUCAUUUCCCAGCAAGUAUGGAGGAGAGUGGUGCAUGGGGUGGCACGAUGGUAUGCAUGCAUCCAUCCCGUUCGACUGUUUACGUUUAGAGCUGCCACCAGAGGAUCAAAUCCGAAUUGGAACACCCAGCAACAUCCAAGCCAAGGCACGCUGGGCUUUUACGUAUAAAGACAAAGAGAGCAAGGUCAAGUGGUUACGAUUCAAGAAGGAUGAGAUGAUUACGAACAUUACUUGGUCGUAUCCAGAGCACUGGUGCUGGUCAGGAACGAAUUCCAAGGGAGAAAGUGGCAUAUUUGUGCAGAUGUUUAUCGAUUCCAACACUGUACAGGAAUUGACCAACGUGGGUGCAAACCGAGCCAGCAGUCUUUCCAACGAGCGAAACAAGUCGUCAUCGAUCCUCCCGCGCUUCUCGAUCCGCAAAACACAAGGACCACCAAGCAUUGCAGGAUCUAUGUCGAGUCAGGAAACAAACGGCAAGACGAGCAUUUCUGGUUUAUAUUUCGGCAAACGUCCAGAAUCUAGAGACGUAUAGAUACAAGCUAGCGGAAACGCACAACCCUGCCCUCCGUACGUUAAUUUUCGUAGCGCGGCGUGUAUUCAUAUAAUUUAUCCGAUAUAUUUGAAGCUAUAUGCAUAUAAUAAAUAAAUGUAUGACGACUAACAC